CAAAUGAAGUAGGUGAUCCUAGGCUAUCUUUAUAAAAAAAAUGGUUUUGGGUUCUUAAAGCAUAGAAAAGAUAUUUCAUUUUGAAAUUUAGACAAAAAAUUUCUUUAUUUGGCAUCUAUUCUCUAUUAUAGAUUUUAUAGCGAUACUUAUUGUGUGAAUAAUUUAAGAUCUAGUAGAGAAAUAUGACUGCAAAUUGGUAUCUGACCAUUUUUAAAGGUGUUGAAUACAAAGACGAAGAGAAAUUAACCCAAUUCCUAAUAUUUUAAAAUAAUAUUUGAAUUUUAAAAUGGUAUAAUAUUACCUAACCAAAAAACGGGGUAACAUUUUCACAAAUUGCCUGACUCUCAUGGGUUCAAUUGUGGUGUGUAAAAACAGUUUAUUAAGGUUGAUUUUGAUAUAGAAAUAAAAUUUUGUGAAGUGAGUUAUCAUGAAAAAUAUAGUUUUGCAACACCUGCUGUGAUGUGUAAAUAUAGUUUUGGGACGUCAGUUAUGUGUCUAAAUAUAGUUUUAAAACAACAGUUAAUAAUAACAAAUUUCAAUAAAAAAAAUUAUUUUAAUUUUAGAUUAAAUAAUUAUUAAAUCUUGUUUGGUAAUUCAGUUUCUUAGUCAUGGCCAACAGUCAAAAGUGCUCUAUUGGAAUCAACCUAGAAAGUGAAUGUCAUCUUACAACAUAUACAUCGUUGCUGGGAAUCGAACCUUUUGAAGAUAUUAUUGAAUAUGAAAGAGAAAUAUUAAUGUGGAGGACUGGGCUCUCAAUAAUAAAUAUCAAACCAACAACUUGUCUCCAUCAUAAACAUGUUUAUUUGAAGCGUUAUACAACUAAAUUAACACGGUGCUGCAAUCCAUUUAAUACUCAUAACAAAACUAUAAAAGGUAGUCUUCGUGAAAUCAACUUGGAUACAGCAAAAUACCUAUGCAGUAAAGGCAAAUUCGUAGUUCCAGGUGAAAAACUUUGUACACAAUGCAGGCAUAAAUUAGCAAGUGAAGAAUCAGAAGAGAACGAGUUGGAGAUGAAAUUACCUGAAGAUAAUAUGAAAAAAAAUCUUAUACUGGAAUCAACAAGAUCGUUGCUCAACAGUACUUUAUGCGAACUUGAAGUGUCUCCUUUAAAAGUUCAUUUACCCAAAACCUCUAAAAAGCCUUCACUUGGAAAGAGAAAGAUAAAGCAAGUUGAAGAAGCAGUUAUUAAGAAGCUUGCAACUGCUCUGGAUAUAACCGAAUCCGAUCUUGUUGCACCAAAAAAUGAAGUUCUAAAGGAAAUUCAAACCAAAGCUGGUGAUCUAGACUUCCUUGUAGAAUGCAUGAAAGAAAAACUUAAGGUUUCUAACAGGAGACAGCAACUUCAAAUUUUGACAUUAACCCCAAAAUCUUGGUCUAUCAGAAAAGCAGCAAAAGAGUUUUCAGUUUCUAAACACAAAAUUCAAAAUGCAAAGUUUUUACGCGACCAAAAAGGCAUCAUAGCAUACCCUGAUGUGGUUGAACGGCAUCGAAUCGGUAAAGAUGUUAUAGAACUUGUAAAGCUUUUUUACUGUGACGAUGAGUAUUCAAGGCAAAUGCCAGGUAAAAAAGACUGUGUAAGUGUUGGGGGAAAAAAAUACAUGUCAAAAAAAUUGAUUUUGUGUAACUUAAAGGAGCUCUAUGUGGCAUAUAAGACAAAGUACCCAGGCCAUAAAAUUGGAUUUUUUAAAUUUUGCAGUCUUCGACCUAAAUGGUGCAUCCUUGCUGGUCCAAAAGGUACACAUUCUGUUUGUGUGUGUACAAUACACCAAAAUGUUAAAUUAAUGUUGAGUGCUAUAGGCCUUGAACCAUCUUACCAUGAAAUUAUUGAAAAAAUUGUCUGCAGCAGAAAAUCUAAAGUUUGCAUGAUUCACCGAUGCAAUAGUUGUCCUGGCAUACAACAUGCCCAAAAUUACUUCCAGCAGUAUCUCGCACAAAAUGAUGAUCCAAAAGAGCAAUAUGACAGUGAUGAAAAUGAACAGUCAGUGGAUUUCAAACAGUGGACAACGACAGAUAGAACUGAAUUAUUAACAAUAAAACUUCCAUUAAAUGAAUUCAUAGAGCUUCUGUGUGAAAAACUUGAUAAUAUCACUUCUCAUUCAUUUAUAGCAAAAUCACAAUCUAGCUAUUUAAAGCAUCUCAAAGAAACAAUUAGUAUUGAUGAGGCUAUUGUACUGGCAGAUUUUGCAGAGGAUUACACGUUUGUAGUACAAGACGAGAUUCAGAGUUACCAUUGGAGCAAGAGUCAAUGUUCCCUUCAUCCAGUUGUCAUCUACUACAAUAAAGUGAAAUUGGAAAUAUCUUCUUUGUGUGUAAUUUCAGAUGAUUUAAAUCAUGAUGUUGGAUUUAUCAAUGAGGUUAUGCAUAAAACCAUUAAUCAUAUUAAAACUCAUCUUUGUCCCACAAUUAAAAAAAUUCAUUAUUUUUCUGAUGGCUGUGCAGGGCAGUAUAAAAACUGCAAACAUUUUUACAAUUUAUGUCACCACGCUCAAGAUUUUUCUGUUUGUUGCAUCUGGAAUUUCUUUUCAACAAGCCAUGGUAAAUCUCCAUGUGAUGGAAUAGGUGGCAUUGUUAAAAGGCUUGUUGCAACAGCUAGCUUGCAGAGUCCAACCACAGGUCAUAUACUGUCUUCUCAAGCAAUGUUUGAAUACUGUAAAAAGUCAAUCAGUGGGAUUACGUUUGUGUCUCUGCUGAAGAAAUGGAGCUAGUAAGAAACAAACUUACAGAUAGACUUUUAAUAGCAACCACUAUUCCUGGGACAAGAAGUUUCCAUCAAUUUAUACCAUCUUCUCAUUCAAUUAUAAAAAUGAAAAGGGUAUCCGAUGAUGAUCAUUUUUCUCUAACAUUUGACUUCCUCAAAAAACAAAAAUAUGAAAUUAUUAAAUUUGACAAUGUUUUGAUGUCACAAUAUCUAUUUUGCAAAUAUGACGAUUUUUACUGGCUUGGUAUGGUUUAUGAAGUUGAUAAAGAGAAUGAUGAUAUUUAUGGUAAAAUUUAUGCAUCCACAUUACCCAAGUCGGUCAUACCACUGGCCAAAUCGGGAUGAUAAUUGCUGGGUGCCAAGAAUGAAUGUUAUUUGUCUUGUUAAAACACCUUCAACAUCUUCUGGGCGUCAGUACCAAAUCUCAAAAGAAGAUGAAAAUUUAUUUGAACAAGUUUUAUCUUUUCAGUGAAAGUUAUUUAAUAUUUUACUUUCAUUAUUUAAAUGAUAUGAACUUAAAUUUUAGUAAUAUUUGGUUAUUCCUUUUCAUUUUUAUUUUUGAGCUUUUUUCAAUAAAGCAGGUUUGCAAUAUUUUUCAAAAAAGUUUGCAUUUUAGUUUCCUAUUUUUUAACAAAACAUUUGAGCUUGUAACCUUAAAUUUGAUUCAUGCAACCAAGAUUUUGAAAUAAUAUCUAACUAUUAGAAUAAUAAUUAAAAAAAAUUGUUCAAUGUGUUGUAUAGUAAAUUAUAAUUCUAUGUAUACUUUUGAAAAAAUAGAUAAAUAUGCAAGUUAUGCAAAGUAAUAUAAUUUUUUAUUUACUUUCACCUAAACUUUUAUAAAACCUCUUCACAAUGAGAGUAAGAUCUCUUAUUUCACAAUGAGAGUAAGAUCUCUUAUUUCACAAUGAGAGUAAGAUCUCUUAUUUCACAAUGAGAGUAAGAUCUCCUAUUUCACAAUGAGAGUAAGGCAACUCCAGAAAUCAGUGAAAUGCAAACUAUGGUUAAAAGAAAAAAAAAGGACUGUUGACAUAAUAAAAUUCAAAAAUUAUUUUUAAAUAUUAAGAAUUGGGUUAAUUUUAAAAAUGGUCAGAUACCAAUUUGCAGUCAUAUUUCUCUACUAGAUCUUAAAUUAUUCACACAAUAAGUAUCGCUAUAAAAUCUAUAAUAGAGAAUAGAUGCCAAAUAAAGAAAUUUUUUGUCUAAAUUUCAAAAUGAAAUAUCUUUUCUAUGCUUUAAGAACCCAAAACCAUUUUUUUUAUAAAGAUAGCCUAGGAUCACCUACUUCAUUUGAAAAAAAAAUCAAAUCCAUGAGACUUGGGCAACUUCGGGAAUUAAUGAAAGCGCAACCCAUGGUUACAAAACAAAAAAUUUGACUGGCCAUUUUAAAAUGAAAAAAUAACUAUCAAAAAAUUUAAAUUUCACUAUUUUAUCUACAUUUUUGAAUUCAGCACCCUCAAAAAUGGUCAGGUACUGAUUUUCAGCCACAUUCUUCCACUAGAUCUUAAAUUAUUCAAGUAAAAGUACAACUACAAAAUCCAUAAUGGCGGACUUCCUAAAAAAAGGAACGUUUUAGGCUAAAUUUCAAAACAUCAUAACUUUUGAACCGUUUGGAUUUGGGAGCUCAAAUUUUGCAUUUUUUCAUGUUUCCUUAAUAGUUACCACUGGUAAAAAUUUUAAGAAAAUCCAAGGGGUGACUGAAAUGACUGUCCCAGUUUUACAUGGAAUGACCCCGCUGCGACUCUUUAUGAUGUCUGGGGUCAAAAUUUCACUAGUGCCCCAUCAUAUCCAAUUUAUCCAAAAGACUUAAUUAGCGAUCUUAACCCUAAAAGAAUUGAACUUUUUUUUACUGAAUUCACCUCCCCAAGGCCAAAGGUAUCUAUUUUACUUGAAAUUUUUUUAAGAAAAACUGAACAAAAUUAAAAGUUAAAAAUAGUCAAAUAGAUGAGUAACUAACUUUAUUAUAUUGUUAGUAACUAUAAGCUUAACAUGUAAUUGCUAUUCUAUGGUCUCCUUCAUGAGAAAUAGAUUAUCCAAACUUUAUUCAUAGCUAUAACUUUGUUGUAGCACAGAGGUUUUGUGAGAUUGUACUCACUAGCAGAUUGGUAUGCCAGUCUUGAGUCAUUGUAGAUCUUUGUGCUGUCUUGACUAGACAAAGCUUACUAAAUUCAGAUGACAAACCUCUCUAAUAAGUUUCUUUUCAUACACAUUGC